UCAUUUAUGAGGAAUACGCAACUGGUCAAAAUGAGCAGCUGCGAUUGUACAAAGAGAGCAACUCUACUGAGUUUAGACUUCAGAGUUAGACGGAGCAGUAUUAAAUUAAGAGGGGAGGUUCGCUUCCCAUUCAAAACCGUCGAUAACAGAGUUCAAACUUCAUUCAUCUACACAAUUUUCUUCAUUUUUCGAGUACUUUUUGAUCACCAGGGCCUAAGGGCAUCCGCAACGCGUCUCGUUGCGGUCUCUAUCUCGUCUCGGAGAGACGAGACGGCAGCGAGACAGCGUUGCGGGCUCCGUCUCAUCCCCGGCCCGUCCUCAUCCUGUCCCGUAACUCGUCGCGGAGAGACACUUGUCGAGCUGUCUCGCCACGCGCGUUGGCAACGUGGCGAGCUGCUGUUCGUCCGUGAGUGGGCGUCGUUUAUUUCCGUUGAAAAUGUAUUUUUUAUUAUUAUUUUUUUAAAAAUUCAGAAAAAUUUGAAAAAUAAAAAAAAAAAUCCUAAAAUUAUACUAGCUGUUUAUAGUCGGUUUUUACAAAUUUUUUAUUUUUUUGAAUUUUUUUAAGCCCCCAAUCACUUAUAUAAAUAUCAAAUCAUUCCUACAAAUUAAUCCAAAAAAAACUCUCUAUUCUCUCUCAAACACUCUACAUUCUUCAUCUCAAAACACUAUUCUUCUCCCAAAUUUAAUCCAUUUAUGGAUCCAUUUGAGCAAAUACGUCGAAUAAUGGAAGAAUUGCUAGCAGAAGAUCGACGUCAGGAGGAGGAGGAAGCCGCGGCGCCUCAAAGGCGAUCCCGGACUUACAUCCAUCGUAACCAGGAGGAAGCUGUCGCAAGUCGCAUUCGAGUCAUAGGAGACAGUGAUGCAGAAAAGCUUUCACUAAUCCGGAAAUUUUAUUUUUAUUCUUAGCCUCUCCCAAAGAUGGACGAGUCAACUUGUGAUAUGGAAAGAAAUUUAGUACAACUAUUGGUUGCAGCAGUUCUUUCAGCUGCAAUUUCCAUCAGGUCAUAUAGAAAGAAGUCCCUUGACCUUUCUGGAGCUCUUUCUGGUUUUGCUGUUAUGACGAUUCAUUUUGCCGUCAAUUACAGGUUUGGUGCUCUGUUACUUGCCUUCUUUGUUUCUUCUUCACUGUUAACCAAAGUCGGAGAGGACAAAAAGAAGAAAGUUGAUGCAGAUUUUAAGGAGGGUGGCCAACGCAAUUGGAUACAAGUUUUUUCUAAUAGUGGUAUAGCAACAAUUUUAGUCCUGAUUGCUUGGGCACAAGUGGGCAUGCAGGACUUUUGCCUAAAUUCGAAAGAAUCGCGUCUCAUGACAUAUCUAGCUGGUGGCAUUCUUGGUCAUUACUGCUGCUCGAAUGGAGACACAUGGUCGUCUGAGCUCGGGGUUCUCAGUGAUGAGCAACCAAGGCUUAUUACAAACUUCAAGCCAGUUCAGAAGGGUACUAAUGGUGGCGUGACGAAGGCAGGAUUUCUUGCUGCUGCAGCUGCGGGCUCUGUGCUUGGACUUACAUUUGUUAUCUUGGGAUUUCUGACUACCAACUGCACUUUCAAUGUAGCUAUGAAGCAGCUAUUGUUGAUACCAGUUUCAGCUCUUUCGGGAUUGUGUGGAAGUGUUAUCGACUCUUUAUUGGGAGCAACCCUCCAAUACAGUGGUUUCUGCAGUGUCCGAAAGAAGGUUGUGAGUAAAGCUGGACCGACGGUGAAGAGGAUAUCGGGUCUUAGCAUACUCGACAACAAUGCAGUGAAUUUUGUGUCGAUUCUGUUAACGAGUACGCUGACUUCCAUAGCUUGUUCAUGCAUAUUCUGAGGUCUGCACUCACACAAAUCACAAUUAGAUGGUAAAGAUCUUGAAUUCCAUGUGUAACUAAUAAUGUUGGAGCAUGAUUUCAAUCAAUAAAAUGUUUUUGCAAUCCUCAUAUGCAAA